UGAGAACGAGAACACCUCGCCGGUACUUGCUUGCUCCUGUUCUCGAGCGCGCCACGCGACUCACACGCGAGCCAGACUUCACGUGCCACUUCUUGCAAGUUUUUACCACUCACCGGAGCUUCCAACCGUCUUCCCUUCGGCAAGCCAUGGACGCCGUCGCCGACAACAUCGCCACCUUCGACUCGAUGCCGUCCACGUUCUUCGACGUGUCCGCCCGCCCGGACUCCCUCCGGCUCACCUGCACGCCCUCGCCGACCGACUCCGUCGGGUCCACGGGGACCAAGCGGCCGCGCCCCGCCGACACCCCGGAAGUGUUGCGGUGCAAGCGGAGGAUCAACUUCGACGGGCUGGGCUACUCGAUCCCGCAGAGACCCCCACAAGCCGUCGCCAGGAGGAACGAGCGAGAGAGAAACCGCGUUCGACUCGUCAACAACGGCUUCGCGACUCUCCGCAACCACGUCCCCAACGGUAGGGUCAACAAGAAGAUGUCGAAAGUCGAGACCCUGAAGUCGGCCGUCGACUACAUUCAACAACUCCAACAGCUCUUGGCCGAAAGCGAUGCCGUGAACGCUGUCUUCAGCACGGGUAGUCCCAGCCCGCAGUACACCAUGUACAGCCCGCCCGCACCCCAACCCAACUAUGACUCCUACAGCAGCGAUGGGUCGCCCUGCCCGCCCCUCUCACCCGAAGAGGAAGAGCUCCUAGACUUCACUUCGUGGUUUUAA